CGCAGCAUGUUUACCUACCAGGAUAAAGUUCUGUCCAAGCCGAUAAGACUCAUCGCCGCAGCGUGUAGGAACAUGGGCAUUGGGAAAGACGGACAACUACCGUGGAGUCUACCGACAGAAUUUCAAUUCUUCUUGGAUACCAUCACUGCUGUUUCCAGACCAGGCAGGAAGAACCUGCUCAUCUGGGGGAGAACUUCCUGGUUCUCCACCCCUGAGAGCCUGCACCCAAUCGCCAACAGCAUCCAUGCCGUCCUCAGCCACACCCUGAGCGCUGUGCCUGAGCACGCCCACUAUAUCUGCCACGACUUCGACAGCGCGGUCCGAUUGGCUUCCACUGGACCGAUCAGUGAGCUGGUGGAGACCAUCUGGAUCAUUGGGGGGGCGGAGGUGUACAGGGAGGCCCUGGAGCACCCCUGGUGUGACCUGAUCUACCUCACGGACGUCAUGGCCGAGAUAGACUGUGACACCUUCUUCCCCUGGUUUGAUCGGAGCAUUUACAAACUGCAGGAUGAGUUUCCCGGCGUCCCCAGCAGGAUCCAGGAGGAAAACGGCAUCAGGUUUAAAUUUCAGGUGUUCAAGAGGGACGUCCAACAGACGCUGCUGUGAGCUGCAAGCAUGGGACCGAGGGCAGGAGUCCUCUUAAG